CGGGGCACGGGGCGCCUGCGCCGGUCCGUGCGCGUCUUUUCCUCUCAUGCGCGGUAUUUGCUUCCCCAGCAGGGCUCGGGGCCCGGCCUAGCGGCGGCCGCGGGCCGGGGCGGGGGAAGGGGCAGCGGCGCCCCCCGCGGCUCCGCGCCCGCCGGUGCCGGGCGGGGGCCGCCCCAGCUUCCCCCCCCCCCCCCCGCCGGAACCCCCAUUCCUCCCUGGGCAGAGGAUGGCCGAGGACUCGCCCAAGCGGCGCAAGGCGAAUUUCAACGAGGCGGAGACGGAGGUGCUGAUCGAGCAGGUGCUGAAGCACGAACAGCUGCUGUUCGCGGCGGGGCCGGGCCGCGCCUCCCCGGGCCAGAAGCGGAAGGUGUGGGAGCUGAUCCGGCACAAGGUGAACCCGGUGGCCGCCUGCCCCCGCGACGUGGAGGACCUGAAGAAGCGCUGGCGGGACCUGAAGCGCCGCGACCGCAGCAAGCUCUGCCGCCUCUCGCAGGGCUGCGGGCCGCCGGGCCCCGCCGCCGCCCUCGGCCUCCUCCUGGCCCCCGAGGAGAUGCCGCCCGCCGCCGCGCCGCCCGGCCGCCGCCACCACCACCACCACCGCGCCUACGGCUCCCUGCUGCCCGCCGAGGCCGUGCCCAUCGUGGGCGGCAUCGACACGCUGGAGCUGCCCGGCGCCGUCGUGGGGGCGAUGGGGUUUAAUGAUGAUCCUGGCCCAUCUCAUCAAUCUGGUCUUGAGAAGAUGAAUCUCAAAGAAGAAAUAGUAGUGAAGGUGGUAGAGCCAGAAGAAAGCUCUGAGGACAUGGCGGUAGUUCCACCUAGCCAAGAACAACUACCUUUUCUGGGGACAUCGAGUGGUGGUUCCUCUGGGAAAGUAAAAGCCAAAACAAAAGGCAGGUCCCAGGCAGACCAGCAUGAAAUAACUGAAGAGGACCUAGUACAGAUUCAGCAGACCCAGAUGCAGGUGAUCCAGUCUGGCUUUGACAGUGUCAACCACAAUCUUCGGCUGCUGCAGCAAGGCAUGCAAGAUCUGAGUAACAGCCUCAGCAUCAUGGCACAUACACUUGUUGCUAUCAAAAACGUCUAUGUGAAAAACAACACUGGCCCAACCACGUAUGCCACCGCCUCUACUCAGACCACAGCUGGGUACCUGAGCCCAGGUUCCCCCCAGGUCUCCCCUGCUGAAGACAGAGGUAGAGCGCAGGUGGCUGGAAGCAGCAGCAGAAGCAGCAGCUGCAGCUCCAGCUCCAUGUCACAAGAACCAGGUCCUUCCGAGUUUCCUAGGCCCCCCCUGAGAACCAUUAAGAAAGAACAUCCAAAUGGCUGCUACUACUUCUGCUUUGCAGAUGUGUAAAAACUUGAAUAUAUGUAAAGUGACUGUGAUGUUAGGUGCUGUUGUAUGUUCUGCUCCGGCCUGUGACCUCGAAGGAGCAAAGGGGACUUGCCUCCCACGUUUUUCCCAGUGGGAAACAUUUCACUAUAGGUGGCAUUAAACACUAAUUACCGGUCUCCUGUUUGUUAACUCUGUUGCAGUUGGCUAAUAUUUUUUUUUCUGUUUUCGUUAUCCUCUUACUCUCUCUAAAAAAAAAAAAAAAAAAAAAAAAAAACAAAAAAACAGAUUUAUUUUGACUAAGACUCUUGUCUGUAUCUUCCUUUGUUUAAUGUGACCUUUUGAAAAAUAAAAGGCAUGAGAGUGGGGUAAAAAAGUAACAUUAUGGUUACUGACCGUCAGGAGCUGUCUUACACAAGUUGCUUAGUUUUUUGAUUAAACAAACCUCAGAAGUAGUUGGUUUUUUAAGUACUUGCUUUUUCUAAUAAUGUCAGAGGUGUUUGCUUGGUGGUUGUUGUUGUGAUUAUUUUUUUUUAAGACUGAGCAGUUGAUUCAUGCCAAGGCGUCACAGGAAGUUUGACGUACCUGCUUACUCUAGGAAUGGUUUAGGACUGAGCUGUUGAUUCAUGAAUGUACUCCUCAGAAUUCAUACAGCAUUGUUCCACUUGGCUAUUGUUCGUUCCCAGCUUGUCAAAUGCACCUUCUCCUCAGAGGCAUUUUGUUUUACUGCACUAGCAGGGUAGGCUCUUUCUUGUCACAUGAUUAAAAUAGAGAAAUACAGCAAAAAAUAGUAAUUGAUGGGUGAUGCCUGUUUUUGAUAUGGAAUAAUUUUUCCCCGUAUGGUUUAUAAGCAGGCUGUAUCUUCAUCGGAUUUUGCUAGCCUUAUGGAACCAAUACUCCAACAUUUGAAGUACAGAGAGCAAGAAAGUUUCCAUGUUGUUUUAUAUGAAGCAGAAGUUAGAUUUGCUGUUAAACAAAUUACAGGAGGCAGAGGCUGACUUUGCUCCAGACAGAACAAAUGCUCCUGCAUAGUUUAUGAAGCUUUCAUCUUCACCUAUUGGAGAGAUGAGUAAAAUCUUCCAUUCUCUUAACUAUAUAUCCAAGGAAGAAGAAAAACAAGACUUGGAGCAAAAAGUAACCUGUUAAGUGUCAACUCUGAAACAAGCACAAAGGCGUCAUUUUAUCCUGAUGUGAAAAAGAAAAAACUCCGUUUCACGUUUAGAUAGGAGGAAACUAUUGUCACUGACAUUAUUCUUAAGAUGUGUUUAAGGCUUACAUAUUGGAAUUGCUCUACUUCACAUAAUUCAAAAUUAGCAGAGGUGCUGUGUUCAUAUGUCCAGUGUCCAUACCACAGGGGAAACAAAAACCCUCUCGCCUGCAAUUUUAUCCUAUGACUGCAAAAACCAUGCGUUCAUCACCAAUAUUAAAGUUCCACAGAUAAAUUUGGCCUGUAGCGAUGACUAGCUGCCUCUAGUUUUCCAGUCAUUUUGCACAAGCAUUCCUGCUGCAAGAAUUUAGCAAAUGCAAAUGAUGUAGAGAAUGGCAGCCCAAUUGUCCCUCUCCUAGCAGCAUAAGAACAUGUAAUCAAUCGUAGGGUAAGAUACGUCAUUUUUGCAGUCAGCUUUGACAGAGCACUAUGUCAUAUGAAAAUGCACUUUUAAAUACUUCCUUUAACUUCUGCCAUGACACCAUUAUGGCGUACCGACCACACAGACACACGCGCGCCUCAGAAAAUGACAGCUGCUGCCUAAUAAAAUGUGAACAUGGGGUAGUCACGUUGUUAGCAAGUGCUUCCCUUCAGUAUCGCAAAUGGGAGCAAAAUACCCAAAUAUCUCACAAAAUUAAAACAUAUACACGUACAGCACAUCGUUAAUUGGGAUUAAUGCCUUGAAGAAGCGGAGGUUCUCGUUUUCAGGUUUACCUUAACGAAA